ACGGAGCAUGGAACCGGAGACAUGGCAGUGCCCUUAAUCCCGUUUUUGCUGCUCACGCAGCAAACCCUGGCGCCCACGUUCGCCAUCUGCUGACGCCUACCGAAGACUCCAGUUCACACCUGAGCGGUUCCUCGGUCACGAGGUGCACACGGAUAGAACGGCAAUCUACGGCUCGAGGCAUCAGGCUCGGCUUCCUAAUUGCGGCGACCGUUAUUCACUCCAGUCGAGGUGUACCCCACGGCCUUGCCCAUUCGGUCAAGGUGAUGGAAGCAAAGGCCGAAGACGACGGGGCAGAGAAUGGAGGGAGCACCGCCACACGAAACACGGGAAGCAAUGCCUCAGAAGGCGGUGCCUCAGCCGGUCCCAGCGCAGGGCCUUCCACCGCAAACCAGGUGAACCACCGAUACGCACUGAGAGGCAAGAAACCUGCUGUGGAACCGCAGCAUGAAGGCCAUCCCGACUUCAGGGCCGGUCCGUCAAACGCCGAGCAGACACCGCCGGAAUUCAAGACUCCGCCACCGAAAGGAAACACCACCGGCCGGCGCAAAAAGGCUGGCGCUAAAGACAAAGUGGCCUUUGACAUGAUUCCUGAGAAUUCUCUGGUGUCGACAAAGGAAGACCAUGCACCCGCGCCAGCUUGUCAUCAGACUCAAGAGAUAGUUCACCCGGAGCCGUUCCCGAACCCAUCUGCUGCCGACACCAAAGCAGCAGGACGUUUGCCCAGGCCGAAAACCAGUGCAGAGCCGAAAGCCGGCGCAGAGAAGCUGCGUGACGAAAAUCCGGCCCCUGCAGAGAAGCAUACCGGCCUUGGAGAAACGGCGGCCUCUGCAAGCUCUGGCCGCAAGACAAAAAGGCUCUUGCGUAGAGACACGUUCGGGGCGUGUUUCUACUUGCCUCCGGGCGAUGGGUUCGAGGUCCCAGAGAGCAGUGACAAGCAAGCCAAUUCGUGAGGAGUCAUUCACUUUUUUGAAUAAAGGCGUCGUCGCUGGAGUGGUGCAGAA